ACCAACUGCUCCUCCGUACUCUGCUCCUACAGGCCCAGCUGCUUGGCUGUGCGACCUGCAGUGACUGGCAGACCCGUAGCUAAGACGCCAGGAUUUCCUGGAAGCAGAGAAAUGCUGUGUUCUCAUUUCACCCAAGACCUUUGGCUAGAUCAGAACAUAAAAAAUUCAUUUCAAAAAGUGAUGCUGAGAAGAUAUGGGAAAUGUAGACAUGAGAAUUUACAAAUAAGAAAAGGCUGUAAAAGUUUGAAUGCAUCUAAGGUGCAGGAAGGAAGUUAUAAUGGACUUAACCAAUGUUUGUUGAUUACUCAGAGCAAAAUACUUCAAUGUAAUACAUGUGUGAAAGUCUUUAGGAAAUUUUCAAAUUCAAAUAGACUUAGGAGAAGACAUACUGGAAAGAAACCUUUCAAGUGUAAAGAAUGUGGCCAGUUCUUUCACAGGUUCUCACACCUAAGACAACAUCAGAUAAUUCAUACUGAAGAGAAACCCUACCAAAGUGAAGAAUGUGGCAAAGAUUUUAAGCAGUCUUCAGGUCUUACUAUACAUGAGAGAAUUCAUACUAAAGAGAGACCCUACAAGAGUGAAGAAUGUGACAAAACCUUUAAGCAAUCUUCAAAACUGAAUAAACAUAAGAAAAUUUAUACUGGAGAUACAACCUACAAAUGUGAAGAAUGUGGCAAAGUCUUUUCCUUUUCCUCAACCCUUACUCAACAUAACAUAGUUCAUACUGAAGACAAACCCUACAAAUGUGAAGAAUGUGGCAAAGCCUUUAAACAAUCCUCAAAACUGAAUGAACUUAAGAGAAAUCAUACUGGAGAGAAACCCUACAAAUGUGAAGCAUGUAGCAAAGCUUUUUAA